CCCGGGCAGCAGGCUAGGGAAUCUUGGAGGCUGCGACCAGGGUUUGGCGUUGUUGUCAGCCUCGGGGAGAGAGAUUGGACAACUAUUCUCCUCCAGGAGGAGGGCGACGCCGAGGACUUUGCACAUCCGCCGCUUUGGGGGCUUCGCAAGUUGGAGGACAGAGGCCGUUUGGUUUUGCGUUGCGUGUGUUGUGCUUAUUACUACUUAUUACGACUGCUGCCCCAGGGUGACGCCAAGGUGUCUGUUCCGGUGCACCGACCAUGGCAAGCGAAGAUAACCACGUCCCCUCCCCGCCACCAACAGGUGAUGACGGGGGAGGAGGAGGAGGAAAAGGAGAAGAAACCCCUCGGGAAGGGGGUGCAUUGCCCCUGCAACCAGGGAUCCCCAUCAGAGGCAUUCGAAUGAAAUUUGCCGUGCUGACGGGAUUGGUAGAAGUUGGAGAAGUAUCCAAUAGGGAUAUUGUCGAAACUGUCUUUAAUCUGCCUCCGCAUGCUGGGAAGUUGCUGUCGGUGUUAAAGCACAUGCCUCAGAAGUACGGCCCUGAUGCCUUCUUCAACUUCCCAGGAAAGAGUGCUGCAGCUAUUGCGUUACCCCCGAUAGCCAAAUGGCCAUACCAGAAUGGUUUUACAUUUCAUACUUGGCUUAGAAUGGAUCCUGUAAAUAAUAUCAAUGUGGAUAAGGACAAACCUUACUUAUAUUGCUUCAGAACCAGCAAAGGGCUUGGUUACUCUGCUCACUUUGUUGGGGGCUGCUUAAUUAUAACAUCAAUCAAGUCAAAAGGCAAAGGCUUUCAACACUGUGUGAAAUUUGACUUCAAACCCCAAAAGUGGUAUAUGGUAACUAUUGUCCACAUUUAUAACCGGUGGAAGAACAGUGAACUUCGAUGUUACGUGAAUGGCGAGCUAGCUUCCUAUGGAGAGAUAACUUGGUUUGUUAACACCAGUGAUACAUUUGACAAAUGCUUCCUGGGCUCCUCAGAAACAGCAGACGCUAACAGAGUGUUCUGUGGUCAGAUGACUGCAGUUUACCUUUUCAGUGAAGCUCUUAACGCAGCUCAGAUAUUUGCUAUCUAUCAGUUGGGCCUGGGAUACAAGGGUACAUUUAAAUUCAAGGCAGAAAGCGACCUCUUCCUCGCUGAGCACCACAAACUCCUGUUGUAUGAUGGGAAACUCUCCAAUGCCAUUGCAUUCACGUACAACCCGAGAGCUACGGAUGCCCAGCUCUGCCUUGAGUCCUCCCCGAAGGAUAACCCUUCCAUUUUUGUCCAUUCACCUCAUGCCCUCAUGCUCCAGGAUGUGAAGGCAGUUUUGACACAUUCCAUUCAAAGUGCUAUGCAUUCAAUUGGAGGAGUACAAGUGCUGUUUCCGCUUUUUGCACAGUUGGAUUUUAGGCAAUAUUUGUCUGAUGAGGUUGACUUAACUAUCUGUUCCACCUUGUUGGCUUUUAUCAUGGAGUUGUUGAAGAACUCAAUUGCUAUGCAAGAGCAGGUGCUUGCCUGUAAGGGUUUCUUGGUUAUAGGAUAUAACCUUGAAAAGUCUUCCAAAUCCCACGUAAGCAGAGCAGUUCUUGAACUUUGCCUUGCAUUUUCCAAGUAUCUUAGUAAUCUACCGAGUGGGAUGCCCCUACUCAAGCAGUUGUGUGACCAUAUUCUUCUCAACCCUGCAAUAUGGAUUCAUACUCCUGCCAAGGUUCAGUUAACACUCUACACUUACCUGUCCACGGAAUUCAUUGGCACGGCCAACAUAUACAAUGCCAUCCGGAGAGUCGGAACCGUGCUGCUCAUCACACACACAUUGAAGUACUACUACUGGGCAGUAAAUCCCCAGGACCGGAGUGGCAUCACCCCAAAAGGACUAGAUGGACCACGACCUAAUGAAAAAGAAAUACUUUCUUUACGAGCGUUCUUGUUGAUGUUCAUUAAGCAAUUAGUGACAAAGGAUUCUGGAGUAAAGGAAGAUGAACUACAGGCCAUUCUUAAUUAUUUACUCACUAUACAUGAGGAUGACAAUCUCCUGGACGUCCUCCAGCUGCUUGUCGCACUGAUGUCUGAACACCCUAGCUCCAUGAUUCCUGCUUUUGACCAAAGGAAUGGGUUACGGGUUCUGUAUAAACUUCUGGCAUCUAAAAGUGAAGGAAUAAGAGUACAAGCUCUCAAAGCAAUGGGCUAUUUUUUAAAACACCUGGCCCCAAAGAGAAAAGCUGAAGUUAUGCUUGGGCAUGGAUUGUUUUCAUUGCUAUCUGAAAGACUCAUGCUGCAGACGAAUUUAAUCACUAUGACCACAUAUAAUGUCUUAUUUGAGAUUCUUAUAGAACAGAUUUGUACUCAGGUGAUACAUAAACAACACCCAGAUCCAGAUUCUUCAGUAAAGAUACAGAAUCCUCAGAUACUAAAAGUAAUUGCGACCCUACUUCGAAAUUCUCCCCAGUGUCCAGAGAGCAUGGAGGUUCGCAGAGCCUUUCUAUCUGACAUGAUUAAACUUUUUAAUAACAGUAGAGAAAACAGGAGGAGCUUGCUGCAGUGCUCUGUGUGGCAGGAAUGGAUGCUUUCCCUGUGUUAUUUUAAUCCCAAGAAUUCAGAUGAGCAGAAGAUAACAGAAAUGGUGUACGCCAUCUUCCGAAUCCUACUUUACCAUGCAGUCAAGUAUGAGUGGGGUGGCUGGCGUGUGUGGGUGGACACACUGUCAAUUACACAUUCAAAGGUCACUUUUGAAAUACACAAAGAAAACCUUGCCAAUAUAUUUAGGGAGCACCAGGGAAACGCUGGCAAAGAAGUAAAACCAUGUUCUUCAAGUCCAGUCCGAGCACUUCCUGAUAUUAGCAUGGAUCAUGCUUCAGAAGGGUCCUGGCCAUCAGAUACCAAGGACUCUCCUGUCUCAUCUAGUAUCAUCAGAAAUGAUGAUGACAACUCACACGGUGAGGAGGCAUGCUUGGUAAACUCAGCAUCCAACAUUGAACUCGGACCACAUAAUACAUCUAAUGAAGAAAGCAAGACUGGGCAAGAAAACCAAGAAUUACUGGAGGAAGUCACACCGGCAAAUAAGACCGUGAAUGCAGAUGUUUUAGGAGUAUCUUCUGAAUUCAUGGAAGCUGUCGCUGUUCCCUCUGAUUCUUUGCAAACAACUGGUAAAGACACCAUGACCAUCAGUGAAGUAACAGCCUCCUUCAGCUCACCUUCAGAAGAGGACGCGUCAGAGGUGCCAGAAUUAUUGGAUAAGUCUACAGUAGACGAAGAGGAGGAUGAUGAUUAUGUGGAACUAAAGAUAGAAGGCAGUCCUCCUGAGGAAACCAGUUUACCUACUGAGCUCCAAGACGGGGGUUUGCCUGCAUCUGCGUCAGAAACCAGCGAAGCCCGGGAUCUGCCCAGUAAGGACUGCAAACUAAUUCCAGAAGAAGAACCCGUUCCUGAAAAGCAAACUGAAGCUGGAACUCAAAAUUGUGAAGAUUCAGGACUCUCAACUGUGACGGCAUCGGAAUUGUCAGCUCCCUUACCAGAAACUCCUGCUUCCCAAACAGCUGUGCAAUCAGAUGUUGUUCAGCUGCAGGAGGAAGAGAAGAAAGCGACUGAUCUUGCUGAAGAAACCGAAUCCAUUAUUGAUAGUCAUGCUACUAGUUUAGAAUCUCCACCUACUUCUGAGCAGAAGAUUGCCAAGUUGGAUGUCUCCAGCAUCGCUACAGAUACCGAGAAGCUGGAAUUGAAGGCCAACACAAGCAUGGAGGCAUCGCAACCUCAUCGGCCCGUACUUGAGAUGUCAAGACAACAGGAACAGCCAGGCCAAAGUGUAGCCUCUGAUGUAGCUUCUGGACACAGGAGGGAUUCCAGAUCGACUGUGUUUCGUAUUCCUGAUUUCAAGUGGUCUCAAAUGCAUCAGCGUUUGCUCACUGAUCUUUUGUUUUCAAUAGAAACAGAUAUACAGAUGUGGAGAAGCCAUUCAACAAAGACAGUUAUGGACUUCGUGAACAGCAGUGAUAAUGUCAUCUUUGUGCACAACACAAUUCAUCUCAUCUCUCAAGUGAUGGACAAUAUGGUCAUGGCUUGUGGGGGCAUACUGCCAUUGCUUUCAGUGGCUACAUCUGCGACACAUGAACUGGAGAAUAUUGAGCCUACUCAAGGCCUUUCGAUAGAAGCCUCUGUGACCUUUUUGCAGAGGCUAAUCAGUCUUGUGGAUGUGCUCAUAUUUGCAAGUUCUCUUGGCUUCACUGAAAUUGAAGCUGAAAAAAACAUGUCAUCUGGAGGGAUUUUGCGGCAGUGUCUCCGCCUAGUGUGUGCAGUGGCAGUAAGGAACUGCUUAGAGUGUCAGCAGCAUUCACAGCGGAAAACUCAAGGGGAUACAGCCAGGGGCCCGAAGGCAAUCCCUGGCCUGAUUCCCAUGGGGAAGUCUGCAGCAAAGAGCCCAGUGGAUAUUGUAACUGGUGGCAUAUCUCCAGUAAGAGAUCUGGACAGACUCCUACAAGACAUGGAUAUUAAUCGGCUCAGGGCAGUAGUCUUCAGAGACAUAGAGGAUAGUAAACAAGCCCAAUUCUUGGCCUUGGCUGUUGUGUACUUUAUCUCUGUUUUGAUGGUCUCGAAAUAUAGAGACAUUCUGGAACCUCAAAAUGAAAAGCGUAGCCAAUCAUUUAAGGAGACAAGCCGGGAAAGUGGGAAUGUGUCCCUCCGUGAUGUAGAGAAUACACCACCAGCGGUCAGCCCUGUGCCUGUGGCCCCUGGGGAAGAAUCAGAAAGGAUGUCAGCUGCACGGAGGAGGAGAGAUUCGGGCACUGGGGAAGAAACAGCUACUGGAGCAGGAAGCAGUGCGGGUGUGACCCCUCAGGCGGCACCUUCUAGUGUCAGUGCUGGGCCUGAUGCAGUUAGUGAGGUGCUUUGCACUCUUUCUUUAGAAGUCAAUAAAUCUCAGGAAACCAAAAAUGAUGGAGGAAAUGAGUCGGAGAACAAGGCAGCACCAUCAGUUCCAGUUUCAAAAAAUGUGAACGUGAAGGACAUUCUCCGAAGCUUGGUCAACAUACCAGCUGAUGGAGUCACAGUGGAUCCUGCCCUCCUGCCGCCAGCCUGCCUUGGAGCCCUGGGUGACCUUUCAGUCGAACAGCCUGUGCAGUUCCGGUCUUUUGACAGAAGUGUCAUAAUUGCAACAAAAAAAUCGUCAGUCUUGUCUCCCACACCAAGUUCAAGUAUGCCCACCAAUGCUGUCAGUGUGGUCUCUUCAGUAGACCCUGCCCAGCCCUUAGAUGUCGGAGGAGAGUCACCUGGUAGUCGGUCAUCUCAAGCAAAACUACCCACAGUCCCAGCAGUUGGUUCAGUUCCACAAGACCCAGUUUCAAAUAUGAGUAUUACCGAGAGACUUGAACAUGCUCUGGAAAAGGCGGCACCUCUUCUGCGAGAGAUUUUUGUGGAUUUUGCACCUUUUCUUUCUCGUACACUUUUGGGUAGCCAUGGACAAGAACUGCUUAUAGAAGGAACAAGUCUGGUUUGCAUGAAGUCUAGUAGUUCAGUUGUGGAAUUGGUUAUGCUACUGUGUUCUCAGGAAUGGCAGAAUUCUAUCCAGAAGAAUGCAGGCCUUGCUUUUAUUGAACUUGUCAAUGAAGGAAGGUUGCUUAGCCAGACAAUGAAGGAUCAUCUUGUAAGAGUAGCAAAUGAAGCUGAAUUUAUCCUAAGCAGACAGAGAGCAGAGGAUAUUCACAGACAUGCGGAAUUUGAGUCACUGUGUGCCCAGUAUUCUGCAGACAAACGAGAAGAUGAGAAGAUGUGUGAUCAUUUGAUAAGAGCAGCUAAAUAUCGAGACCAUGUGACAGCAACUCAGCUAAUCCAGAAAGUUAUCAACAUUCUCACAGACAAGCAUGGAGCCUGGGGAAAUUCUACAGUGAGUCGUCCUCGUGAGUUCUGGCGCCUUGACUACUGGGAAGAUGACUUGCGGCGCCGGCGACGAUUUGUGCGUAACCCUCUAGGAUCGACACAUCCUGAAGCGACACUCAAAACAGCCGUGGAGCAUGCCGCGGAUGAAGAUAUCCUCGCUAAAGGAAAACAGUCCAUCAAGAGUCAGGCUCUGGGAAAUCAGAACUCAGAAAACGAGAUCGUCCUGGAAGCCGACGACGAUACUCUGUCAUCCGUGGAUGAGAAAGAUUUAGAGAAUCUUACUGGCCCUGUUAGCUUGAGCACACCGGCUCAGCUUGUGGCCCCCUCUGCUGUAGCAAAGGGCACUCUUUCUAUCACCUCCUCUGAACUCUAUUUUGAGGUAGAUGAAGAGGACCCUAACUUCAAGAAAAUCGACCCUAAGAUCCUGGCAUACACAGAAGGGCUGCAUGGAAAAUGGCUAUUUACGGAGAUAAGAUCAAUCUUUUCUCGUCGGUAUCUUUUGCAAAAUACAGCCUUGGAGAUCUUUAUGGCAAACAGAGUUGCUGUAAUGUUCAACUUCCCAGAUCCUGCAACAGUAAAAAAAGUGGUUAACUAUCUACCUCGAGUCGGUAUUGGGACCAGUUUUGGAUUGCCUCAGACCAGGCGUAUUUCAUUAGCUAGUCCACGUCAACUUUUUAAAGCUUCUAAUAUGACCCAGCGAUGGCAACACAGGGAAGUUUCAAAUUUUGAGUACUUGAUGUUUCUCAACACGCUAGCAGGACGCAGUUACAAUGACUUAAAUCAGUAUCCAGUAUUUCCCUGGGUGAUUACUAAUUAUGAAUCAGAAGAUCUAGAUCUCACCUUGCCAAGCAACUACAGAGAUUUAUCUAAGCCAAUCGGAGCUUUGAAUCCCAAAAGAGCAGCAUUCUUUGCAGAGCGUUAUGAAUCAUGGGAAGAUGACCAAGUUCCAAAGUUCCACUAUGGUACUCAUUACUCAACAGCAAGUUUUGUUCUUGCAUGGCUGCUAAGAAUAGAACCCUUUACAACUUAUUUCCUAAAUUUGCAAGGAGGGAAAUUUGAUCAUGCAGAUAGAACUUUCUCCUCAAUUUCCCGAGCAUGGAGAAACAGUCAGCGUGACACCUCUGAUAUAAAGGAAUUGAUCCCUGAAUUUUAUUAUCUCCCUGAGAUGUUUGUCAACUUCAAUAAUUAUAAUCUUGGAGUGAUGGAUGAUGGGACAGUAGUGUCUGAUGUGGAACUUCCUCCUUGGGCCAAAACCUCAGAAGAAUUUGUUCGCAUAAACAGAUUGGCCCUAGAGAGUGAAUUUGUCUCCUGCCAGCUUCACCAAUGGAUUGAUCUCAUUUUUGGCUAUAAACAGCAAGGACCAGAAGCUGUCCGGUCCCUCAACAUGUUCUAUUAUCUGACCUAUGAAGGAGCUGUCAAUUUGAAUUCAAUAACUGAUCCUGUAUUAAGAGAGGCCGUUGAAGCUCAAAUCCGAAGUUUUGGACAGACGCCUUCUCAACUGCUUAUAGAGCCCCAUCCUCCCAGAGGCUCUGCCAUGCAAGUGAGCCCGUUGAUGUUCACAGACCAAGCCCAGCAAGAUGUGAUCAUGGUCCUAAAGUUUCCCUCCAACUCCCCUGUCACUCACGUGGCAGCCAACACCCAGCCCGGCCUGGCCACUCCUGCUGUGAUCACAGUCACUGCUAAUAGGCUGUUUGCUGUGAACAAGUGGCACAACCUUCCCGCUCAUCAAGGUGCUGUACAAGACCAGCCAUACCAGCUGCCGGUGGAAAUCGAUCCUCUCAUAGCCAGCAGCACCGGUAUGCACCGGAGGCAGAUCCCGGACCUCUUGGACCAGAGCAUCCAGGUCCACUCCCAGUGCUUCGUCAUCACUUCGGACAACCGCUACAUCCUCAUCUGUGGCUUCUGGGAUAAGAGUUUCCGCGUCUACUCUACAGACACAGGAAAACUGAUCCAAGUGGUGUUCGGCCAUUGGGACGUUGUCACGUGCCUCACCCGCUCUGAGUCGUACAUUGGUGGGAAUUGCUACGUUCUCUCGGGAUCCCGUGAUGCCACCCUCCUCCUGUGGUACUGGAAUGGAAAGAGCAGCGGGAUUGGAGAUAACCCGGGCGGUGAGACCACUACUCCUCGGGCCAUCUUGACAGGCCAUGACUACGAGAUCACCUGCGCUGCCAUCUGUGCGGAGCUGGGCCUGGUCCUGAGUGGGUCUAAAGAAGGACCAUGUCUCAUUCACUCCAUGAACGGAGACCUGCUGAGGACCUUGGAGGGGCCUGAAAAGUGCCUGAAACCCAAGCUCAUUCAGGCCUCGAGAGAGGGCCACUGUGUCAUCUUCUACGGAAACGGCCUCUUCUGUACCUUCAGUGUGAAUGGGAAGCUCCAGGCCACAAUGGAAACAGAUGACAACAUAAAGGCCAUGCACCUGAGCCGGGAUGGGCAGUACCUGCUCACGGGAGGAGACAAUGGUGUGGUCAUGGUGUGGCGGGUAUCGGACCUCAAGCAGCUGUUCGCCUACCCAGGCUGUGACGCCGGGAUCCGGGCCAUGGCCCUGUCCUAUGACCAGAGGUGCAUCAUUUCCGGCAUGGCCUCCGGAAGCAUCGUACUCUUCUAUAACGACUUUAACCGGUGGCAUCACGAAUACCAAACCCGCUACUGAGGCGACAGCACCACAGCCCUGCCCUGGCACCGGACAGGGAACUUCCCCAGCAUCGUUCUCUUAGAAAUAGCUAUUACAUCUGAAUGUAACUUAAAUUUGCUCUAAGAAGCAAAAUAUUUUUUAAAGUUAAUUGCUAUUUUUGUAGAUUUUGCUUGACUUUGGGGGUGGGGGGAAAUAACAGCAAAGCAGAAAACCGGCUGCUGGGUUCUGUAGUUUUAAAAAAAAUCUAUAUUUUUAGUCCUAAUGAGAAGUCUAUUUUCACCAAUUAUGGAAUUAUAAUGAGGUAUGAAAACCCACUAAAUCUAUCUAUAUUCUGAAAAAAAACAACCCCACAUUUCCCAUGUAUCUGUAAUCUUGAGGAAAUUCAUGAUUUUAAUAAUAGGGAAGUGGGUUACGAUAUAGGGAUGGGGGAUUUUAUGCUGUACUUUGGGGCACUGUGAUUUUUUCCAAAACAAUGUACUUCCUCAGCACUGAAAACUAAUGGGAUUUAAAUUCUGAAUGUUAAAAUUAUGGUAAAUGUAAUUUAAAAAUAUCUCAAUGGAUUAUUUCUAUCAAUAUUAAUUGUUUAAGCAUGUUUUAGAAAUUAUGGUUUGAGGGAGGUUGUUUUAUUGUGUGGUUAACGUAAAGACUCUAAUGUUAUAGCAGGUGUGAAAUGUCUACAAUUUCCCCCCUUUAUAGUACACCAAAAUGCGAGGAUGGAGAUACUGUUGAAUACAACCUUUGCUUCACUUGUAAAGUGCACACAAGUCCCAGCGCUCAGCCCUGAGGGUUGACUGACUGAGGGCCAGCGGACUUGGGUCCCGGGAGAGAGGCUACCAGGUGCUGUGUUAAGCAACACCCAUUCUACUUUUAUUUGUUAUUAAACUAUCUCCCCUUCCUUUUGAUUAGCAAUUUGUACUACGAAAUAAUGUUAUUUCGGUGUUGUAUACCUUCUACUUUUCUAGUAGGUUGCCGUGCAGAUUCUGUGAAAAACACUUGAGAAAAGGUCUGUAUUGCAUAAAUAAAUCCUUUGUAUGUUGUGAA